AUGCUGGCACGCGGAAAGUACGUCCGAGGAUCCAACCCCAAAGAUAAAACCGAAUCGGCGGCGAGCCAUACAAACAACGUGACAAGGAAAAGGUCAGCACAGUGCGCCGAGCGCUCAAUCGUGUUUCCCAAAUCUGCGAUGGAUCCCGCGCAGCCGCAAGCCGCUGUGUCAGGCACUGUUCCAGAGCCGAUACUGUUCAACCCCCCAGCGGAUGAAGGACAAGUCCAGGACAACAACACCGUGACCACGACCACGACCAAUCCAGAUGAGAAAGAAAUUCUUGGACAAGUGGAUGGUCCAGAAAUGCUUUUUGCUCACAUGACAGAGCCUGAACUACUUGCCCAAAAUGCCAACUCUGUUCCGGACCAAGCCCGUACGUUGUUCUUUGGCGAAGCGUUACCCAUGGGCUUCAUCAUCAACACAAUCUGCAGUCUUGAUGGGAGACGGCCCAUUGUCCGACUCCACCACCCUGUCCCUUCUAAAAGCGGGGGAUUCAUGAUCUCCCACCUCAAUCAUGAUGAUUUUGAAAGGCUGAGAGCUAUGGGUGCGCUGGAUCUGCCUGAGAAGGAGAUCCGCGACGAAUUUAUACGAAACUUUUUCAAAUAUAUUUAUCCUGGUUUUCCAGUCCUAGACCGAAACGAUUUUGCCGAACGGUAUCAAAACGGUCAAUCAUCACUGUUGCUUCUUCAAACAAUGAUGUUUCUUGCGACAACUGUGUGCGACGAAUCCCUCAUUACAAGAGCAGGGUUUCCUGAUCGACUUCAUGCCCGGCAGACGUUCUUCAAACGAGCCAAAGCAUUGUAUGAUGCCGACUACGAGCAGGACCAAGUCGUUCUGACAUCUGUCCUCUUCUUGCUCUCCUUCUGGUGGGCAUGCCCGGAAGAUCAGAAGGAUUCCUGGUUCUGGCUCGGCGCCGCCAUUAGCCUUGCCCAGAGCCUCGGAUUGCACCGCACGUAG